ACAUGGAGUUCAGGAACCAAGAUUGGCCCAGCCAAUUAUGUAUCCCCACCCGGGGCAGCUAUCACAUUUUGCCCCGAUCGAAUAAACUGAGCUGUCCCAGAUGUCCGGUUAUCGAAUUCCGUUUCAUCCCCAGUUCUAUGUUAUGCUUCAGAUAGGUAUCAAGCAACCCACCCUUUACGGAGCCCAAGAGGCGAGCCAAGAGUAUGUCCGUCAUGAGUGGGGUUUGCCUUUUCUAUUUACUCUUCCACUCGUCGCGCGUGUGUUCAGUAUUUAAAGCUCCCGUUACAGCUAUCUGUUUUCGUUUCAUUUUCUUCCUCUGUUCCCAUCCACAACGACUUGUUGAUAAUCUAUGUUAAUAUUAUUCCUCCUUUGACAGCCAUCAUGUCUACCGGAAUGUUGAAAGUUGAGGGUUCGAGAGUUGUUGACGCAAAUGGCCAAACAGUGGUCCUUCGUGGGACAGCCCUGGGAGGCUGGAUGCUUAUGGAAAACUUUAUGAACGGAUUUCCUGGUCGGGAAUGUCAGAUUCGCGGUGCUCUUCUCGAAGUCCUCGGACAAGAGAAGUGUGAGUACUUUUUCGACAAGUUUCUCGAGUACUUUUUCACUGAAAAGGAUGCGCAAUUUCUUGCGUCGUUGGGUUUUAACUCUCUCCGUUUACCUUUGAAUUAUCAUCACUUCGAAGAUGACAUGAAUCCAAUGGUCAUCAAAGAGGAAGGAUUCAAGCAUGUUGACAGGGUUGUUGAGCUCUGCGCGAAAUACAAUAUCUACACAAUAAUCGACCUGCAUGCUGCACCUGGUGGUCAAUCUCAAGAUUGGCAUUGCGAUAAUCCCACAGGAUACGCCGCCUUUUGGGACCACAAACAUUUCCAAGAUCGGGUCGUCAACCUCUGGGAAGUGAUCGCUGCUCGAUAUCGAUCGAAUGCUUGGGUCGCUGGAUACAAUCUUUUGAAUGAGCCAGCCGACAAGCAAUGGACACGCCUGUUGGCCUUUUACGACCGAAUCAUACCCGCUGUUAGAGCCAUUGACCCAGAUCACAUCCUCUUCCUUGAGGGAAAUACUUUCAGCAUGGACUUUUCUGGGUUCGACAAAGUCUUCUCAAAUAGCGUUUAUGCCGUGCACGAUUACUGCGGCUUUGGAUUUCCCAACAGAAUCGGCAGAUACGUGGGUGAGAAAGAUCAAGAUGCUUACAUCCGAAAAAUGUAUGACCGAAAAGUGGAGUUUAUGAAGCAGCACAAUGUCCCAAUCUGGAAUGGCGAAUUCGGCCCAAUAUAUGAGAAGGAGAGCAAUCCCGAAUGGAAAGUACAGAACGAAGAGAGGUAUAACAUGCUCGAUAAGCAGAUGGAGAUCUAUACUUCCGAGGAAAUCGCGUGGUCUAUAUGGGCCUACAAAGAUAUCAACAUCAUGGGCAUGGUCUUUGUCAAUCCAGACUCGGCAUGGAUGAAGCUCCUCGGUCCUAUCUUAGAAAAGAAACGAGUCAUGGCAGUCGACUCAUGGGCAUACGACGACGCACAUCUGCAAGAAGGACUGUUUGGCCCCCUACACAAGUGGUUCGAAGACAACAUUCCAGAAGAGCACAGCAAAAAAUACCCAUGGCAAUGGCGUAUGAAUAUGCACGUCUUCAGAGGAAUCCGAGGAAUCACUUUAGCCGAGUACCUCAUCCCAGAAUGGGCUGAGUACUUCCGUGGAAAGACUUUCGAGGAAUUGGAUGAGCUGGCUGCUAGCUGGAAGUUCGAGAACUGUGUCGGAAGGGAGAGAUUGAAUGACACCCUGAAACUUUUCAGUUCCAUGAAGGCCGAUGAUGAGAGACUAGUUGGCAAGGUCAUCCAGCCAGUGGCAUUGACAAAUGGGCAAAAAGAAGGCGUCUUUGAACUAUCGCCUGCUGAAAAGGCAAGAUUAAAGGCAUCAAUUAAAGAGAUCAGAGUAAAUGCAUAGCUCCAUAAUUCUAAUAAAUUCUAAUUUUAUUACCCCC